AUUUUGGAAAACAACAAUAAUGAAAAGAAAAUAAAAGAAAAUUUGCGUUGGCUUACCAACCAAGUACUAAUAGACAUUACCUUCUUCUGCUUCUUCUCGCCCAUCGGCUCAGUUCUUCUUCAAUUUCAAUUUCCUUCUGUACACAAAUCGCCUCAAGAGACCUAGAAAUGGCGUGGUUGACCCGGUUCCUAACGGCGGUGGUUUUUCUCGCUAUAGGAGUAGUAUUUUCGCCGGAGACCUUCGGAUCCAACUCCAAAACCUUCAAUGCGCCCAAGCUUUCCAUGUAUCUCAAAUUAGCUCAUCUUCUCAGCUAUUCCACCGCUUGGGGCGCCUCUCUAUGGGUCACCUUCAUUGGCGGCAUCAUCAUGUUCAAGAAUCUUCCGAGGCACCAAUUUGGCAAUCUUCAAAGCAAGAUGUUCCCUGCCUACUUCUCAAUGGUUGGGAUUUGCUGUGCCACAUCUGUUGCAGCUUUUGCUUAUCUUCACCCAUGGAAGUCUGCAGAAACUUCUGAGAGGUACCAGCUUGGGUUUCUGAUAUCGGCGUUUGCUUUUAAUUUGGCCAACCUGUUUGUCUUCACACCUAUGACAAUUGAGCUGAUGAAACAAAGACACAAAGUGGAGAGGGAAAGUAACAUUGGCGAGGAAGUUGGAUGGUCAAAAAAUGUAGAAGUUGCAAAAGUGAACCCAAAACUUGCAGCAAUGAACAAGAAAUUCGGGAUGAUUCAUGGGUUGUCUUCUCUUGCUAAUAUCCUAGCAUUUGGUAGUCUUGCAAUGCACUCCUGGUAUCUGGCAGGUAAACUUAAUCUGUAACUCAAAAUGUUCUCCUUCCCCUUUUAAGUGUAUGACUGUAGUUUUACAUCCAUUAAGCAAUUGCUCAAGUGCUCUCUUUCUCUGCUAGACUAAACAUAUAUCGUUGGAUGGUUUGAUGAAGAAAAAAAUGGGAAAUAAAGGUGUUGUAUUGAUAUCACUGUCUAUGUUUAGUGUCUGUCAGAGGAAUGUUGCUUGUUUUUUUGUCCAUUGCUGCAAAGGGAUUUUGUUAUAUUUCUACUA